AUGUAAUUUUUAAUUGCAAUUCCAUUUUUUUUGACAGUCUAUACUUAGACUCUUGAAUUAGAACCUUUAGAAUAUUAUUCUUAAUCUUUCUCUCCAGGUAAUUUCUAUUUAACCUUUAGGAACAAAAAUUGCCAUAAAAGGAGAAGCUACAAAGUUUUGUAAUAUAUAAUAAGGAAAAAUUGUAUAAAAUAUUUUGAGCAAAUCUGAAUUUUAAAACGAUGCAGUUACAUUUGCAAAAGUAGAAAAUGAUGCUAUAUUAAUCCUUGAUUCCAAAGGAUAAUUAUUAAAUCAUGAAUAGAGUAUUAUUUUAACAUUAUCCAAAUUUGAAUCAAAAAAAUGUAGAAUGUUAUAUAACACAUAAAGCGUUGCUAUUUAUUGUUUUGAUACUAAGCUUGUAUAUAUUAUUCAAGAUUUAAGUAAUAAUUUAUUGACUUUUAGAGACUGUAUCUGAAUACUAACUUGAGAAUUUAAAAGAUGUUUAACUGAUUAAAGAAAGGUAUAUUGUUCUUAAAGGAUAAGAAUUAUUUUUUAAUGACAAUGAAAUAAUAGAAACUAUAUCCAUUAAAUCAGUUGAUGUUUUUAGAAUUAUUGAUAAUAAGAAUCUUGUUUUUGUAGCAUAAUAAAAUCAAACAAGUGUUAUAUACAUAUAUAAAUAUGAAUUUGAACAAUUGGUUUAUAAUAGGAAAAUAUUACUUAAAAGAUUAUAUUAAAAUAUAACUUCAGUUUUAAUGACAGAAAAUGAAGAUAUAUACAUAACCACAAAUAACGAAUUAGUAAAAUAUGAUGGUACAGAAAAGGUGUAUGAAAUUAAAAAUAUACAAAACCUAUAUGAUGUUGUUAAACAAGAUAUAAUAAUAGCAAUAAGUAAUGUAGGAGUUUUUGAAUAAGAGAAUAAUUAAAUAGUGCUGUAAUUAAAAAUAAUAUCAAUGAAAAUAGUUACAACGUAUUGGCAAAUCCUAUGUAAAUAUUGGAUUUGAUGAUUGGUAAUGAGAAUCAUUAUGUGUUGAGUCGAUAAUAUAUGUAUUAGGUAACUUUUUAAAAAUUAAAUCCUGAACUAAUAUGUUAUCCUUAAGAGUAUCAUAAAUCUGGCGUAUAUGAAUUAGAAAUAGUAGGUAUGUAAAUAGUUUAAAUGAUUAGAAAACGAUGAAAAAAAAUAAAUGAUAGAAAUCUAAUUAUAAUAGGCAAUUAUAACUUCUAGAAAUGAACAUUGGUUGUGGAUUGGCGCUAUUCUAUUUUUAGUGGGUGUUUUGGUUUUAGGUAAUUUAUGAUUAUUAUAUGUAGUAUACUGUAUUUAUGGAAGUUAUAGCUUGUAUAAAUUAAGAUAUUCUAAUGAGUAAAAGAGUAUUUAUUAAAAAUAGUUUUGA